UCUGCUCUUCCACCAUUUCCACCAGCUCUCCAUCAAACCACCGCUCUCCCGGUAGCUCCAUCUUUUAUUCUUGUUGCUCUUCCACUUCUUAGCCUCGCAAUGGCUCGUCGUAAAGUUGAUACCUCAGACCUUCGCAAAGGAAGCAAGAAAGCAAAUGCUGAAGAUGAUCUCCAACAAAAGCUUACCCCAAAGAUGUACCAGGCGCACCGAGAAAUUCUCAAAUCUUGGAAAGAAUUCAGCGAAGAGUGCUUAGAAGAGGAUGAGCCCGACCGGUUGUAUCCAUUGUUGCACAUGCCAGAACUUGAAAACAUCAAAAUUUUCUUGCGUUGGUAUAGUCGCACCUCAAAGCCAAUACUUGACGAAGUAGUCACAACAACCACGCUUGUUAACAAAGUCGCAGCUCUCAAGCGUGCCGUUAAAGCCUACAGUUCCCUUAGCUUUUCGUCAGCGUACAACAACGCUAUUAAUACUUUUAUUCACAGAGAGCUGCCACACGAGGAGAGCGUUUCCACCUCCUCGUAUGAGAAGCCACUUGCGACCAUGGCAACCAUCACCGACCUCAUCGAAUUCUCGCUCAGAUGUGACGAGUACCAAUAUCCACAUCCUCGAUGGGGCACACAGUUGCGAUUCGCAUUGCUUAUAUUUGGCUACCUUGGCAGCAGACCCGGAGAAAUCAUAGAAUCGGAUGGCUGGAAAGGAAGUAAUGAAGGUUUAUUGUACAAGGACAUUACCCUUUCACGACAAUGUAGCCCGGAUUAUUCAGGAUUAGUCAUGACAAUCAGACUGAGAAAUCGCAAAGGAAAACGGUUGAAUGCCUCACACAAGUAUGUUUAUGCUAUCUGA